AUGGGAAUACUGUUUAACUUGAAAGGGGCCCAAAAGGGUAAGUUUACCUUAAAGAAACCGGAAAAGGAAGUCAAGAAGAUAAAUGUAUUGAAUGACUCAGACGACGAAGAUAACAAAGUAUCGAUAGAGAGUUUUGAAAAGAAGGAAGAGAUAAAAGAAGAUAUAGUGAUACGACCUGAUGAACUUAUUUCAACUAUAAAACCUAAAGAGCUGGUCAAAGUCACUGGAGAUCUGAAGAGAGACAUGACUAGAGAAGAAGAGGCUAGGAAGUCACUAAUGGAAGAUGAAAGUUAUCAAGAUACUGGUAGACAAAUCAAAGUUUCCAGUCAGGUAGAAGAUCCAGAAGAGGAUGGUGUAGAAGCUUACAAAGAAAUACCAGUCGAGGAGUUUGGAGCCGCCCUUCUUCGAGGUAUGGGGUGGAACAAAGCCAAUGAAAGGAAAGUCUCCAAGCCGAACCUAGAAAAAAGAAAACAAGGACUCUUACUUGGAUUAGGUGCAAAAUCAGUUAAUAAUGAUGAAAUAGCUCAAGAAUUACUUGGUUCAAGAGCUAAAUUCAGUAUUCCAGUAGUAAAGAAGAAUAAGGCAACAGGGGAAAUAAUAAGAGAGGAUUAA